AUGGAUCCUUUCAAAGGAUCCGAAUCCGAACCCGAAAACCCAAUCGCAUCAUGCAUCUCUAUGCUCUCCCUCCGUAACUUCACAGCCUGCAGCGACUUCGCCCGCCGUUUACCUCUCUCCGAUUCAAUCGGCCGUAUCCUCACAAUCGCCGACGUUCUCUCCGCCCCCGACCACUACUCAGUCCUCCGUCUCCGCCGUUCCGAAGCCGUUAACCGUGACCUAGCUCGUCAACAUUACGCGAAGUUCGCGAUCCUUCUAGACCCUACAAGCACUGAAAAAUUCCCUUUUCAAGAUGAAGCCCUAGCACGUGUUCGUGAAGCUUGGCACGUGCUUUCUGACCCUGAUCGCCGCGCUGUUUACGACCGUGGUGUUGUUGACACCGCCGCUACGUUUUGGACUGCAUGUCCUUAUUGCUGGAAUUUGUAUCAGUAUGAGAAGAAGUAUGAGGGUUGUUCUUUGAUGUGUCAGGGUUGUAGUAAAUCUUUUCACGGUGUUGCUGUUAGGCCGCCGGUGAAAGUUGGUGCGACGGUGGUUGAAGGGGAAGAGCGGCGGCAGUAUUAUAAAUGCCGUGCUAGAGUCCCAUUGAAGUUUUAUGAGGUGAAGGGAAUUGGUAAUGAGAGUGAAAAUGAAAAUUCUGCUGAGUUUGUGUAUGUUUCUGAUGAUGAUGGUGAUUGGGAGAAAGAAUGGGGGAAUGUGGGUGGUGCUGGUGGUGGUGUUGGUGGUGGUGGUGGUGUGAGAAAUGAUGGUUUUGAGAAGGUGAUUCAAGAUGAUCAUCAAAUGCAAGGGAACGAGAAACCGAAGACGAGGAUGAAGACUGUGGCAAGGAAGAGUGUUGUGAACAGAGUGGCAAGAUUUGAUUUUGAUAGUAACUUGAAUGUGGGUGUGGAUACUAAGGAUUGUGAAUUGGAGUUUACAGAAGGAGCUGAUGAUGUCUUCGUCGGGGUACGGUUCAAUGGAUGA